AUGAUUGAGAAGCACAUGCUGCUACUCAACGCCAAUAACCACUACAAUGCUAAGCAACUGAAAACUCUGUUAAAUGAGAUUUUUGACCUCCCAAACGAUCAAAAUCAUCGCCUGCCGCUUGAUACACUACCUUCGGAUAUAUUGCCGAUGGAGCCCGAGCGAGGCCUGUGUCUCACAGCGUUAGGAGAGCACAUCGCGAAAUUACAAUCUACCUCUGGCUUUAGUGCAAGAAGACCUCGGGACGCUAUCGAUAUAGAAAUUAACGAGCUCGUGGAUGGCCUCAAGAGUAAUGUACCCGGCCGGCAUCACAUCUUCUUCUUCAAUGAUUCCACGACCAUGGAGAACUACCGCCGCGAGCUCGGACUGAUCGAGCCCGGUUUCGGGCAGCUCGUUGACAGUGUGCUCAUCCCUUACUUACCAAUCCGGAAAUCAGGCGUGAAUUUCAACCUCUUCGCGAAUAAGCCGACGAGCAUAUACGUUUUUACGGAUGGUGACUGGGGCGAUGACCAAGAGGUCGCCUACCGCGUCGAACGGCCGAUAGAGCGGCUAAACAAGGGACUCCAGGAGCAGAAGUUGGAUAAAAAUCACAUCUCAUUCCACUUUGUGCGGUUUGGCGAUAGUGCGAAUGGCAAAGCGUAUCUGAAUCAUUUGGACAGUUUCGGUAGGGACGAUAACUGGGAUAAUUCCGAUAUUAAGACUGUCUUCAGUCCUGUAAAGUAUAUUAUCAUUGGUCCGCUUGUCUAA